AUGACUAUCGCUACCUUCACCACUACCAUGGGUACCUUCAAGGCUGAAUUGUACACUGAACAAAUGCCCAUCACUUGCGGUAACUUUAUCGAUUUGUCCAACAGCGGAUACUACGAUGGUGUUCACUUCCAUCGUGUCAUUCCCAACUUUAUGAACCAGUUCGGAUGCCCUCACGCCAAGGACCCCAACUCGAGCCGUGCGGGAACAGGAGGACCUGAAGGUGGAACCUCCUUCCAAUCUUGUGACGGAAAGACCAUCACCCGUAACUCGGGAGGUAACAUCCCCGAUGAGGUUGGUCAAAGUCACCAACGCAUCACCAACGAUGUCGGAACUCUAUCCAUGGCCAACACUGGAAGACCCGAAUCUGGAGGUUCUCAGUUCUUUAUCAAUGUCAACCACAACUCCUUCUUGGAUUGGUUUGACAAGAGCACUCCAUCUGCCCACCCUGUCUUUGGAAAGGUCGUUGAUGGUUUGGACUUGGUGAAGCAAAUCAGUCAGGUCCCAACACGCAACGAUAACCCCACUACUCCAAUCAAGAUGAUCUCCAUCCGUUGCGCCUAA